AUGCAAAAACCAUCAAACAAACUCUGGUCAUAUGGAAAAACACAGUCCUGGCUUGAUCAGUUUGAUGAGACGAAAUCACUUUGUCAAAAGCACCAUGAUACCCAAACACUUAAUAUUAAAGGAAGACCGUACUGUUUGAUUCCAACAUUUGCUUCACCUUUAGUAACAUCACAAACACCUGGUAGACGUUGCAUGUGGAUACGACUAUCCAGAGAAGUGGCUCCUUUUAUACAGUACCCUGUAGACAUACAAUUUUAUAUCGAUCACACAUCUAUAGAUCCAAAACAGUGGAGUUUACUGCUUAUUUGGUUUCAAGGUCAGAUGUUUUCAUCAACUGAAGAACUUUUGCAUAAAUAUCACUCUGGUGAAUUCAAAGUAAUUAAACAACAAUUUGUUGAUAUGUAUCCUAACCAAUUAAAACCAGGACCAAAUCAGUACAAGGCAGCUAAAAGUAGUACAUCAUCUACGAAGAGUUCAAAUGAAGAAUCUCCACAGUCAACAAAGCCUAAAAUUCAUCGCAUUUACAUAAAUAAGCGUCGAAUAAAAUAUGACAGAUGGGAUUUCCAUGUAACAAUGAGGAGAGAUACAGGUCUUAGACUUUUUGGUGUAUAUUAUGCAAAUGUAAGCCUAUUAUCUGAAGCUGGACUUGAUGAAACUGUAACAGCCUACUGGGGUAGAUCACCGUUUAUGAAGACGAUGACAUCAUUAGAGUCAAUGUAUGGUGUAGGUGGUAUGACUUCAGAACUUAGCCCUGGUUUAGACUGUCCUAAAAAUGCUAUCUACUUACCAGUACAGUUAAUUCCAUCAGGAGAAAUUGGACCUAAAGUUAUUAAAAAUGGUAUUUGUUUAUUUGAAUGGAAAGCUAAUCCAUCAGCUGGUCCAGUUAGACGCCAUUUUGAAUUCUCUACAAAUGAUGAUGCUGUUGAUACAGGCAAUGCAAAUGAAGCGAAGCAUACAAAUUUUGGAUUUGGUUCUACAAGUCAAUCACUUGUUCUACGUGCUAUAUCAAGUUUAUACAAUUAUGAUUAUUUAUUUGAUAUAAUUUUUUAUCCAACUGGUGUAAUCGAGUUUUCUGUGACCCCAACUGGUUAUAUACAUGUUGAUGCUGAAUUGCAUCCUUUUCAAUCACAGAUGAAAUAUGGUUACUCAUCAGCAAUUAAUCCAAUCUACUUUGUCAUUCAUCAUCAUUUAUUUCACUUUAAAAUUGAUGUAGACAUUGUCAAUAGAAGAAAUUUUAUGAAAGUUAUCAAAAUACGUGGACCACUUACAGAAGAUCAAGUUAAUACUACUGAAAAGCAUGAAAGUAGUAAUCAAUCAACAAUGUUGUAUAAUUCAGAAUUAUUAUGGAUGUCAACUGAAAUUCCUAAGACUGAAAUGUCAGCAAGAUUUUCAGCUAAAUUUGAAUCACCUAAACAAUAUUUAAUUUGUUCAACAAAUCCUCAUAUGAAUGAAUCAAAUAAGACGACAAAUGAUUAUUUUAGACAUGAUAAAUGUUUAAUUAUUGUCAAUAAAGCUCAAAUAAAGACUGUUUUCCAUGAUGAACAUACAAAAUCCUUCGCUUGGUCCAGGCAUCAACUUUAUGUCACUCGACAACAUGACAAUGAAUCAUUUGCGUCAUCAAUCUUCAAUGGAGUCGAUUUAACUUCACCAGUUGUUGACUUCACUAAAUUUAGCUCGAAUAAUGAGUCAAUAUUCAAUGAAGAUCUUGUAUUAUGGUUAACAGUUGGCAACUAUCACCUUCCAAGACAAGAAGAUUUACCAAAUACAGUUACCAGUGGUGGACCAUUGUCAAUAUUGUUAAUGCCGCAUAAUUUAUUCACCUAUAGUCCAGACGCUUUCAGUUGCAAUCGGUUCUAUACACAAGAACUAAAUGAAUGGAUAAACGGACCUCAAAUGGAAGACGACUGUAAAAUGGAGUCAAUCCCAGAGUUGUGA